AUGAAAAAGGGGAAAGACUAACAAAAUUCAAGCUUUCUCAGAUACAUAAUUUUAUUGCUUGCAUGCGUCGCAUUAGUAAUUAAUAUGUGAAUACCAUAGUAUGGAAAUAUGUUUAUAUUUGAUUAGCCUGCAUUGUUAAAAGAACAAAUAAUGCAGGCCUAUAUUCCAGUAUAUGGAGAGCAAUUAACAGGCUUUUAUUUCAGUUUUAUGUACUCCUUCUAUUCCAUUCCAAAUAUCAUUUUGCCUUUAGUUGGUGGUUUUAUGAGUGAUGUAUUCGGUAAAAUAAACCUCCUAUUGUUUAAGGCUAUAGAAAAAUGUCAUUGAUCUUCAUGUUUUUUGUGAUUCUGGGUUAGGGCUUUUUAUAUUUUGGAAGUUCGGUAGCAAACCUUAAAUAUAUGAUAUUGGGUAGAUUUAUGUUUGGAUUGGGUGGGGAAUCUCUUUGUGUAGCAAGUUCAAUUAUCAUCAAUAAAUGGUUUGUGGGAAAAGAGUUGUCAUUUGCUAAUGUAAACUAUAAGUUAAGAGUAGGCAUUAAAUUUGAGUUUGAUAAGAAGUGCAACAGUGUUGGGAACUUAUAUUUCCCCAAGAAUUGCAGAAAAAUCAGGUAUGACAACAGCCUUUGGAGUGGGUUUUGGGAUUACUUUGAUUUCUGGAGCUGCACUUCUCAUCAUGAAUUUCAUUGAUUCUUAUGCGGAGAUCUUAUAAAAAAGAAAUCUAUAGAAAACUGAAGGAUUAUUGGAUAAUAGCAUUUAAGUAAUGGAUUUUGGAGAGCUUGUAAAACAAAUAUUGGAUGAUAUUAGAAUGUUCCCUAAAGUAAAAUACACAAAUGAAUCAAUUUUUAGAUUUUUUGGAUCUUGACUUUAAUAAUGACCACUUUUUAUACGUCAGUCUUAAUUUUUAUCUCCUUUUCAAGUGGCAUAAUAAUUAAAUUAUGGUUGCCUUCAGAUGCACCUAUAGAAUAAAACUAAGAAGUAGCUGGUGAAUUGAUGGGAAUACCUUAUUUGUGUUGUACAUUCCUAAGUCCUUUUGUUGGAUUGAUGGUGGACAAAGUUGGCUAAAGAAUUAAGUUUCUUGCUAUAGGAUGUGCCUUAGUAUUUUUAGGAUUGGUUUUGAUGUUGUUGUUUUAUCCUAUUUUUUGCAUGCUAACUUUGGGAUUAGCCUAUGCUCUCUUUGCCAGUACAAUAUGGACUAGCAUUGCCUUUGUUGUAAAAUAAAAAUAAUUAGUAAGAUUUGAUUAUAUAAAGGGGCACAGCAUUUGGCGUUAUGAACUCUGUUCAAAACUUCGCUUUUUUUGUGAUGCCAUUAUUCAUAGCUUUCAUUUCAGCAGAAGCAUCCUCCCAAGUAUCAGUAGUCCUAUUCUUUUUAAUACUUGCUUCUGUUUCCUUAAUUAUAGCCAUCUAUUUAUACAUAGAGGAUCAAAAUAGGCCAGGUAUUUAGAAUUCCUUAUAAUUAGUCUCAUUGAAUUCUAAUGAUCAAAAGAAGCUAAUGAAUUUUGUGAAUAACCAUAAAGAAGAAGGGGAAGAAUUUGAAGAGGAAGAAAUAAUAGAAACGAAAUGAUUAAGUGUAUAUUAAAUUUAUACAACC